GGCAGCAGCUUUGAGAGCCCUUCAAAUUUCAGUUACAACAGACCCAUCGGACCAGAGGGAGAGGAACCAUGGCCAAGCUCCUGGUUCUGCACCAGAAACAACCCUCUUUCUCCCUCCUCCCUUCUUCUGUCUCUGAAUUCAAUGGCAUCAGAUUGACUACCUCCAUUCAGUAUAAACGAAGGGUCUGGCGGCCAAAAAAUGCAUUAAAUGUUACAGCAUCGAGUGCCAAGAAAAUCCUGAUAAUGGGAGGUACCCGGUUUAUCGGUGUGUUUUUGUCAAGACUUCUCGUGAAGGAGGGCCAUCAGGUCACUUUGUUCACAAGAGGAAAGGCACCAAUCACCCAACAAUUGCCUAGUGAAUCAGACAGUGAUUAUGCUGAUUUUUGUUCUAAGAUCUUGCAUUUGAAAGGAGACAGGAAGGACUUUGAAUUGGUGAAAACCAGUCUCUCAGCUGAAGGCUUUGAUGUUGUUUAUGACAUUAAUGGCAAAGAGGCAAAUGAGGUGGAGCCGAUACUGGAUGCUUUACCAAAGCUUGAGCAGUACAUAUACUGCUCUUCGGCUGGUGUUUAUCUCAAAUCAGACCUUUUACCACAUUUUGAGACGGAUGCAGUUGAUCCAAAGAGCAGGCACAAGGGAAAGCUCGAGACUGAGAGCUUACUGGAAUCAAAGGGUGUUAAUUGGACUUCCAUCAGACCAGUCUAUAUCUAUGGACCACUGAACUACAACCCUGUUGAAGAAUGGUUCUUCCACCGGCUAAAAGCAGGUCGGCCAAUUCCCAUUCCCAACUCAGGAAUGCAAAUAAGCCAGCUGGGUCACGUAAAGGACUUGGCCACUGCUUUUGUUCAAGUUCUAGGCAACGAUAAAGCCAGCAAGCAAGUAUUCAACAUCUCAGGAGAAAAAUACGUCACAUUUGAUGGAUUAGCAAGGGCAUGCGCAAAGGCUGCUGGAUUCCCUGAGCCUGAGAUUAUUCACUACAACCCAAAGGAGUUUGAUUUCGGUAAAAAGAAAGCAUUUCCCUUCCGCGACCAGCAUUUCUUUGCAUCGGUUGACAAGGCAAAGAGCGUGCUGGGGUGGAAGCCAGAGUUCGAUCUGGUAGAAGGUCUUGCAGACUCCUACAAUCUAGACUUUGGCAGGGGGACAUUCAGAAAAGAGGCUGAUUUCUCCACAGAUGACAUGAUUCUUGGCAAGUCCCUGGUCCUUCAAGCCUAGCUGCUGAAUCCUGCCUUUUUCUUUGUACUUUCUCUCACUUUCUUGCCCUGUAUUUUGCCUCUUGUUCAUUAGAGAUGUGUCAACAUAUUUUAGGCUUUUAUGAUAUAUAAUGGCUUCAAAUUUCCA